AUGAAAUUCGGCGAACAAUUGUCCAGUCACUUAACUCCGGAAUGGCGAAAGCAAUAUAUUCAUUACGAGGCGCUGAAAUCGAUGUUGUAUGAAGUGAUGGCAGGGUUGCCGACGGAACUGGAAGCUCGCGAACAGUACAUUUCUCAGAUGGAUGAAAAAUUUUUCGCGGAAUGUGAACGAGAAUUGACUAAAAUCAAUUUAUUCUAUAGUCAGAAAAUAGCUGAAGCUCAAGGAAAAUUCCAUGAAUUGAAUACCGAAUUAAUGGCCUUUAAGAAAACCUUGGAAAAUCGAGAAACACAAUCCGUCACAGAUUCCUCUCCCUUACGACAACGAAUCAAACGGCAUAGCAUUUCCUCGCGAAAUAUCACUAGAGAGCAUGCAAAAACAGCUCAACAAUUAAAACUUGCCUUCUCCGAAUUUUAUUUAGCGCUAGUUCUGUUGCAGAAUUAUCAGCAAUUGAAUGCAACUGGAUUUCGGAAAAUUUUGAAGAAACAUGACAAAUUGAUUGAAAAUGAGCGGGGUUUAGAUUGGCGGAUUAGCAGAGUGGAGAAAUCGUCUUUUUUUCUGAACCGUGAAGUAGAGACACUGAUCAAUAAUGUGGAGCGAGAUGUAAUCAAUGAUCUAGAGGGUGGCAAUCGACAAGCUGGUAUGAAACGACUUAAAGUACCACCAUUAAGUGAGAAACAGCAUGCUACUACUACUUUUACUUUAGGUCUCUUCCUUGGAGCAUUUAUUGUACUCGGUAUAGCAAUAGCAAUCUCGUGGUUUGCUUCUGAGUCACGAUCUACUGAACCGAAAUGGGUUGCUGUUAGACUUUUUCGUGGUCCACUAUUGCUUUUUAUUGCACUUUGGCUAUGUGGUUUGAAUAUGUGGGGGUGGGCGGAAGCUGGUGUCAACCAUGUACUUAUCUUCGAAGUCGAUCCACGAAAUCACUUGACUUAUCAGUCGGUGAUGCAAAUUGCAUCGUUCAUGUGUAUGCUAUGGUCCCUUUGUGUAUUGGGAUAUUUGUAUUGCCAUCUCAUUCAUUUACCACCUUUUCUUUUUCCUCUGCUCUUAAUGAUUAUUUGUGUCGUCUACAUAUUCAAUCCGCUGAAGAAACCGAAUAGCAUUUUUCAAAGAAAUAGUCGUUUCUGGAUUCUAAAACAUUGCUUCAAUUGUUUCACUGCUCCGCUACACUACGUUACAUUCAUCGAUUUUUGGCUCGGUGAUCAAAUGAAUUCAUUAGUAACGAGCUUUCUUGAUUUCCAGUAUUUUAUAUGUUUUUACACCACGGAAGUGGAUUACAUCGAUUGGACUUUCUCGGCUCGAACGGUGAAUAUGACGACUAACGAAUCGAUUCCUUGGGGUUACGUUGAUAUCAAUACGGGUCGUGACAUGUGUACUAGUUCAUCCGGAAUCCGCAUACUGGUAUCGGUCUUCCCGGCUACAGUUCGAUUUAUGCAAUGCCUGCGACGUUUCCGCGAUACGGGCCAUGUACGUCCUCAUCUCAUCAACGCUGGUAAAUAUUCUACGACUUACCUUGUCGUUUUUUUCAAAUUUCUCAAUCACUGGGCUGAGAAAACUGACUCCACUGCAACAAAUAUAUUCUUUUACUCAUGGAUUGCAUCCUAUAUUUUCAGCUUUGCUUAUACAUUUCUCUGGGAUAUUUUCAUGGACUGGGGUCUUGUCGAUCCAUUGGCUCCGAAAGAUUCACCUUUUCUCCGCGAAGAAAUGAUUUACGGCAGCAAAUGGUAUUAUUACGGUGCCAUUGUGGAAGACUUCAUACUGCGGUUGUCCUGGGUACUUAAUAUUUCACUUGGUGAGGCUUGGACAAUGGAAUCCGAUUUACUUACCUGUAUAACAGCUCCAUUGGAAGUGUUUCGACGCUUUAUAUGGAAUUAUUUCCGGUUAGAAAACGAACACAUUAAUAAUUGUGGUCAGUUCCGUGCCGUUCGUGACAUUUCAGUAAAACCGAUUAAAAAGGGUGACUUGGAAUCGUUACUAUUAAAAAUGGACGAGGAAAACGGUGUUAGUCACCGAGGUCAGGAUAUUAGGAUACGUGUCAAGAAACAGAAAAAAUCAUCUAAAAAUCGAAGGCAAAUAUUGCGGCGUGCGCGAUUCGCACGAAUUGCAAUCGGUUAUUGUCACAAUAAUUCGUCGCCUACACUAGCCGAGACGAAGCAUUGA